AUGGAGAACCAGUCUUGGGACUUCUUUGGGGCUCCGGUGGGCAAUGCCAGCGCCAACCAGACUCUUCUGGACAAGAUGCCCCAGCUGCCCCUGGAAGUGCAAGUGGUGACCAUCUUGCUGGUGCUGCUGAUUUGCGGGGUGGGCAUCGCCGGCAACGUCAUGGUGGUGCUGGUGGUCCUCCGCACCAAGCACAUGGUGACCCCCACCAACUGCUACCUGGUGAGCUUGGCCGUGGCCGACCUGAUUGUGCUGCUGGCCGCAGGGCUGCCCAACAUCUCGGAAGUGGUGGCCUCCUGGGUGUACGGCUACGCCGGCUGCCUGUGCAUCACCUACCUGCAGUAUCUCGGCAUCAACAUCUCGGCCUGCUCCAUCACGGCCUUCACGGUGGAGCGCUACAUCGCCAUUUGCCACUCCAUCAAGGCGCAGCUGCUCUGCACAGUGGCCCGGGCCAAGCGCAUCAUCGCCUGCGUGUGGUUGUUCACCUCCCUCUACUGCCUCAUGUGGUUCUUCCUGGUGGACACCUCGCAAGUCCUGUUCGCCGACGGCACGCAAGUCAAGUGCGGCUACCGGGUCUCCAGGAACCUCUACAUGCCCAUCUACUUCUUGGACUUCACUGUCUUCUACAUCAUCCCGCUGGGCUUGGCCACCGUCCUCUACGGCCUCAUUGCCCGUAUCCUCUUCAUGAACCCGCUGCCUGCCACCCCUCAGCACGCUGGCCGGCCGAGCAAACAUGGCGGCUCUAUCAGCACCUCCAGCUCCAUGAAACUCUCCUGCCGGGGGAACAAGGGUGCUCUCAGCUCCAGGAAACAGGUCUUUCUUCUUAA